AUGGGAAUUUGUGGUGGUGGGGAUACGAUAGUUGGGGGAAUAACGGGAGUUGGAGGAGUUGUGGUGGUUGGGGGAGUGACAGGAAUUUGUGGUGGGGGGCAUGUGAUAGUUGGGGGAAUAGCAGGAGUUGUGGUGGUUGGGGGAGUGACGGGAAUUUGUGGUGGGAGGCAUGCGAUAGUUGGGGGAAUAGCGGGAGUUGGAGGAAUUGUGGUGGUUGGGGGAGUGACGGGAAUUUGUGGCAGGGGGCUUGUGAUAGUUGGGGGAAUAAUGGGAGUUGUGGUGGCUGGGGGAGUGACCGGAGUUGAGCAAGGAGAAGUGGGCAUUGGGGGAUUGGCAAUGGCCGGAGGAGUUGCGGUGGUUGGAGGAGUUGCGGUAGUUGGCGGAAUGGAUGGAGUUGAGAUAGGAGGGAUAGACAUUGGAGGGGGAGUGGUAAUUAUGGUUGGGGUAACGGAUGGAGUUGGUGUGGGCAUUGAGGGAGUGGUAGUGGUUGGGGGAGUGGCAGGACUCGAGCAGGGAGUUGCAGUGGUUGGGGAUGUUGUAGGAGGAGUAGUUGGAGUCAAAAUUGGGGGAGUGGCAGUGGAUGGAGCGAUAGCUGUGGUCGGGGGAGUGCCAGUAGGUGGGGGGGUGGUUGAAGGUAUUGGUGGGGUACAAGUGGAAACUGGUGGGGUUGUAGGAGGUGGAAGGCCAAAUGGUGGAGUUGGUGGAAGAAUGACGGUUAGUGGAGUUGGUGGGAGAGUAGUGAUUGGUGGAGUAACGGGAGUUAGGGGAGUGGUUGGAGCUAUUGGUGGAGUGCAUGUGGACCCUGGUGAAGUUGCGGGAGGUCGUGGGAGAUUUGUAGUUGGUGGAGUGACGGGAGUUAAGGGAGAGGUCGGAGCCAUUGGUGGGGGGUAG